CGGCAAUUUGCACCACUUACCCUCGCUGUUUCCUGGACGUCCACGGUUGUCUUCUACUUGUUGGCGUCGUCCACGUGCGUUUCAUGGCCGACGUCUUUCGGAGGCUGCCGCUGCUGGUGCUGGCCGUCCUCCUGCUCCUCCUCUUAGUUGUCUUCCACGUGUGUAUCCUCGGCAUCGUUCCGCGACGUGGCCGCAGAAGACGGUCUUCGAAGAAGGACGUGAGUAUGGAAGGGCGGCAGAGGAUGUGCAGGUCUGCAAGGGAUGAAGGUGGUGGCCAGCGGCCUGGCCAAAGCCCGUUGAGAAGUUCAAGGCCGUCGGAGCGGUCUGGGUACGCGCACCUGCCACCGCACUUGCAGCCUCUGUCGGACACGUCGGACGAGGAGGCGGAGCAGAGACGGUCAGGGACCGUGCCGCUGGGAAGCGGGUCCACCCAGGAGUGGGCGGCUACGGAGGUCUGUGGAAGCCGCGACGACGGUUAUGGCCAGUUGUACACCCAACUCCUCCAGCAGGGGCUGAGUGGCGACGAAGGCAACGGCGGCGUCAACCUGUCGUUCGGGCUGUGUAGCGGGACGUCGUCGGCCGCCUCGCGAAUGGUGAUCGUCGAUAACCAUCCCGACGACAAUGGCUUACAGGUGACGGCUGUUGCGUGGUCUUCCAAGUCUUCAGCGGCGGUCCAGGAGGCGUCGGGGAACAACAGGGAUCCUCCGAGGCAGCAAUACCGGACGCCGUCUUUGUCGAGGGGUGCCUCAGCUCGCCCCCUGUGGAUGCAGUCUCCGUCUCCCCUGUCCGCCACUUCGACUGCAGCCCGUCGUCGAGGCGAAUGCGGGGAGACUGAUUGUGGCAUCGUCGAUGUUGGUGAUGCACGUGACGGGAGGGAGGUGUGGGCAGAACAGCGACGAACGCUUCAUCCACGGCGGGAGGAAUCCAUAACUCGGGGGAUGCAGCGACUGCGUGUCGGUGAGCACGAAGACGACGGCGACGCACUUGCGUGGGCCCGAACGAUAAGGAGUGGAACAACGACAACGGCGAAGGUGGGGAGGAGGACGCAGGCCACGCACCGCCGUUCAAGCAAAGCAGCAUGGGAGGGAGGGGCUGGAAGAUGAGGACGUGUGCUCGCAAUGGUCGUGGGGGGAAAAUAGCGAUCGGGAAGGGGAGCGAUGCCGAAGCUGACACUU